GGAGAGUGGGACUAAUCUGUCAUAAUAUGCUAACGUACUUAGUAGUAAUCUGCUAUGGUUAUCAGCCGGUGCGAGAGGUUGGCGGUGUAGCGCUGAUAGGGAAUACAAGCUAAGUAGCUUAGUGUUUGGUUUUUUUUGGUUUUCCAAUUGGCAAACGCACGCUGAGCGGAGUGGACUCUUUCCAAAUGGUUGCCGAGAAAGUUAUUUUGGCCUAUUCGGGUGGACUGGAUACGAGCUGCAUACUCAAAUGGCUGCUGGAGCAACGCUAUGAGGUCAUCUGUGUGCUGGCCGAUGUUGGCCAGCAGGAGAACUUUGAGGCAGCUCGUCAAAAGGCGCUCAAGAUUGGAGCCAAGGAGGUAAUUGUUGCUGAUAUCAAGCAGCAAUUUGCCGAGCAAUACAUUUGGCCAGCCAUCCAAAUGGGGCUUAUCUACGAAGAGCGUUAUCUACUGGGCACAUCACUGGCGCGCCCUUGUAUAAGUGUCGCCUUGAUAGAGGCCGCCAGGCGGCAUAGCGCCAAGUACUUGGCUCACGGCGCCACCGGCAAGGGGAACGAUCAGGUUCGCUUCGAGCUAUGCGCCUAUGCAUUGCAGCCGGACUUGAAGAUUAUUGCUCCGUGGCGCGAUUUGGAAUUCUGUCGUCAAUUUCAGGGCAGGCAGGAUCUUAUUGCCUAUGCCCAGCUACAUGGAAUUGAGGUGACAGCUAAGCCAGCGACACCCUGGAGCACGGAUGCAAACAUGCUGCACAUUAGCUACGAGUCGGGCGUGCUUGAGGAUCCGAACACUGUGGCGCCUAGCAGCCUCUACGAGCUAACUCUCGACCCAUUCACGCAGGCACCGAAGAAGCCGCAUCGCCUCUGUGUCCACUUUGAGCAUGGACUGCCUACGGGAGUUGAGGACUUGGCCAAUAGUCGAGUGUACAGCACGCCCAUGGAUAUGCUCAAGUAUCUAAAUGAACUGGGCGGCAGCUAUGGCAUUGGACGCAUUGACAUUGUAGAGAACCGUUAUGUGGGGCUCAAGUCCCGGGGCGUGUACGAGACUCCAGCCGGCACCAUACUCUAUGCAGCGCAUCAGGACUUGGAGGUGUUCGCAUUGGAUCGCGAAGUGCUGCGCACCAAGCAACUAUUGCGCGAUCGAAUGUCCGACUACGUGUACAAUGGCUAUUGGUUCAGUCCCGAGGCACUCUAUGUGCGACGCUGCAUUCAGCUGGCCCAGGAGCAGGUCACUGGGCAGGUGACAAUGGAGCUAGCGCCAGGCUAUUGUCGUGCCAUAGCCCGCAAGGCGGCGGACAAAGUUGGUGCACUCUACAAUCAGCAACUCGUCUCAAUGGAUGUCCAUGGCGGCUAUGUGCCACAAGAUGCGGGCGGUUUCAUUGCGAUCAAUGCGGUGCGCUUACGUGAGCACGUACGAGCCUUCGGUCCCUACCGGACUGAUAAGAACUAGCUGACCUUUCAAAAACAUGAAAGAAGUACAGCUGUCAAGUAAAUGAGAUAAUAUAAUAAAUACAAUAAUGAGAAAAUCUCGGCUCU